CCUCUCUCCCUCCCUCCGUGUUUCUGUGAGAAUGCCCGUGUUUUACUGACAGAAUUGAUACGGGCUCAACUGACAUGGAGGCCCGGUUUUGUGAAUGAGGCCCAGUCCGACCCGACUCAGCUCGGCUCGGCUCCGAUAAAGAAAGCAAGAGAGGGUGUUUUGCGAAGGGGGAGAUACAAGGACACCGACCGCUGCGAGAGAAAAAAAGGCAGAAGGAGACAGAGAAAGCAAGGAGAGAUCCAUUUCGGAACUCAGUUGAUUCAACGACGUCGCCGCCAUUUUGUUGUCACUUCGUGUUUUUAAUAUUGUUAUAUUUUUAUUAUUAUUAUUAUCGUCAUUAUUAUUAUUACUAUUUUAAACCAUCAAGAAAACCGAAACCGUUAACAGCUAUUAUAAAAUUAACAGUAUAUUUUGUGUGACCGAAUUGUUUGUGAGCUGCACACACAUUAGCUAUUCCACACAUAAAUAUAUUGUAGCUAGCAAGCUAGCUAGCAGUUGCAGCGAGCUAUAAAAUAACAAAAUGCAAUCGCACGGUACCACUUGCUAACCACCUAGCUAGCUAAUAUACGAAUCGGUAUAGACCGACACACAUAGACUCACAUAGUAAACUUACGUAGCAAGCCAACUACGCUAGCAAGAUAAAUUGAUACAGUGUACUCUGCGAGCUUGCCGCGAACGAUACAAAAUAAACAUCAACGAUAUAGCUAGGUUGCUAUUCUGGCAAAUCACUCAAUGAAUUGCAGCUAGCUAUCAAGUGAGCGCACAGGAGCGCACACCGUGUUAUAUUGUAUCUGCGCCUUAAGACAAUUAUAACGACUUGAUUUUUUGUUUUAAUAAUUGUUUUUUUGUGACGAUAAAACCAUAUUUAACAUAUUUCACGUUGUCUACGGACCUGCUUUUUUAAGGGAAUGCCUAUCUGUAUUUUUCUGUUUCGACGACGUUUUUUGGAAUGUGUGCGUGGCCGAACCCUUCACUACCCCGAGGUCUAACGGUGGUCGUAUUCUAUGUCAAGGUUGUGGGGGUAGCCAGCUAGUUGUCUUUAUGAAUAUGAUAGGUUACCUUUUUAUUAUAAAUGGUAUAAAAUAGCUCGUUUGCUGUCAUAAUCCAUACGCAUUAAUAGCUCUAUUCUUUUUUCCAUAUCCGCAAACAUCGGAGUUUAUUGCUUUCUCGGAUUGAGACUGUUUUGUUGAUUUUGACGUUUUGAAUCUGCGAAAAUUGACGGGACAUAAAAUACAGACUUCACUAUGUUAAUUCGCAAGGAGGGUGGAUUUCAAUCCAAAUGAUGUGAACACCGUCUUUGGACUCGCACCUUGCUGGAGAGACGGAGACAGAAGACUGGUCAGCUGAGGCAGGACAGACGGACAGCCACUCCAGCGGGAUCACCUUCCUGACUGCCCCCCAGUCCCCCUCCCCCUUUCCCUGGUCCCCUUCCCCCCAGCCCUUCAGCUUACCCUAAAAACUGCGCCCCCCGCCCCACACCCCACCCCCCCCACAUCUCUGAUGGAUCAGAGAACGCAGGGGGGGCCACCCACGCCACCCCCCCUCCCCCCCGCCGCUCCUCCCGGGGAGUCGGAGAAGGAGGGCGCGGGUGGGAAGAAUGAGGAGGAGAAACGGGAGAAGGAGAGAGAAGGAGGCGCGGCGGAGGCCCCCGGCGGAGGGGGCGGCGCCGGGGGGGAGCAGCAGCAGCAGUUCUCGGUCACCGAGACGACCUUCUCGGAGGGCAGCGUCAAGCUGAAGAUCGGCCUGCAGGCCAAGCGCAUGAAGAAGCCGCCCAAGAUCCUGGAGAACUACGUGUGCCGGCCGGCCAUCCGCACCUCCGUCAGGCAGGGGCGGGGCGGCGGGCGGGGCAGCCGUGGGGGCGGGGCCGCCGCCGGGGGGGCGGGGGGUAACCACGCCCACAGCCCCUCGCACGACAAGGACAGAGACAGGGAGAGGAGCCCAGCUCUGAACCCCGGCCCAAACCCGCCCCCGCCAACCUCCUCAUCCCUGCCAGCUGCUCCGCCUGCUCCUCUUCCUCCUCCUCCUCCACCUCCACCUCCACCUCCACCUCCAACUCCUCCUGCUCCUCCUGCCCUGGCCACGCCUGUCGCUGGGAGCGUGCCAGGGAAAAGGGGUCCCCCAAAACUGGCUCGCAAGUCGGAGGUGAAAUCGGACGCCUCGUCGGAGAGACCGGCGAACAUCCACCGCCCCGAUGCGGACGUCAAACCGCCCCGUCCCGGAAAGAAAAGCCCCUCCCCCCCGACCAAUCGGCCCCCUCCCUCUUCCCCCACGCCCCCACCCCCGGCCCCUCCGUCACAGGACGCCAGCGCGGAAGCAGCCUCCAGGACGUCCCAGUCCCCGCAGGGGGACGGGCAGAGGGAGAAGGACAGGGGCGUCCUCAACGGGGGUGCGCCCACCGUCACGGAGAAGCUGGCCCAGCUCAUCGCCACCUGCCCCCCCUCGAAAUCCACCAAGGGCAAGGUCCGCAAGCCCCCGCCUGCCGGCGUCCCCGCCAGCGCGACCGCGGCGGCGCCGCCCGUUUCCCCGAGCCCGGCGCGGGCGGAGCCUCUGUCGCCGAACAGAGCGGCGGCUCCCUCUCCGCCGUCCGGCUCCCAGCCGCCAUCCCGCCCCCCCGCCCCCGUCUCCCGCCCCCCCGGCCGGCCGCCGGGCCCCCGGCACAGGGACAGCGCUCCGGAGAAGGCGUCCGCCCCUCCUAAGAAGGAGGAGGCGGGCAGCGAGGGCCGGGGGGGCGGCGGAGGUAACGGCAGCGCCGCGGGCUCCAACGGCGCUAACGGUCCCGCCGCCGCGACAGGCGUCAAGCAGCAGACACACCUCACCUGCCCUCCUCCGCCCGCUCCCCCGCCCCCGCCCCCUCCCGAUCAGAGGGCAGGCGCGGCUCCAGAUGGCCGGCGUGGCCCGGCCGCCUCCCCCGGCAACCCGUCGAAGGGAGGUCCCGGCCAAUCGGAGGGCGGCGGCGACAGGGAGCGCGAACGAGACCGAGACAAGGAGGGCCCCAGAGACCUGAGCCUGAACAAAUGCGCCCCUCCCUCAGGACCUGCCAGGCAGGAGGGCGGCAGCAAGGGGGCGCCGCUGUCCUCCAGCGGGCAGGGCAGGAAGAGCACCAGCCCCGCCGAACCCGCCAGACCCAGCCCGAGUCGGGACAGAGGCCCCGCCACGCCCGCCCCCUUAGACUCCCCGAGACCGACUGCCUCCCCCACCCAUGGCCCCGCCUCCAGCGCCCCCGAGCCCUGCCCGAACAGCGCCCCCAGCACCCCCCCCGGCUCCCCCCCGGAGCCGGACUGCAAGCCGCUGAAGAAGCGCAAGGGCCGGCGGCCGCGGUGGACGCGGGUGGUGAACCGGGCUCACAAGGCCACGCCCUCCACCGGCACCGCCAGCCCCGCCGAUCAGACCCCCAAACUGCGCAAGGCCCCCUCGUCGCCGCCCUCCGCCUUGCCUUCCCCACCGCAUAAGCCCCGACCGGUGGGGCGGCCCCCUAACCCCAACCGGGUUCCCCCCGCCUCCGCCCAGCUCCUGCAGUCUCCUCCCAGGAAGAGGGGCCGCCCCAAGUCCAAGAUGCCCCGGCUGGACGCGCCCGUCCCUCGACGCUCCCUCAAGUUGCCCCCCUCCAAGGUGUACUCUCUGCUCAAGUCCAAAGAGGAGGAUCCCCCGGUCCUGCACCCCGAAGUGGACCUGAACCCCCCGAAGCCCGUCCCCAGAAAGCGCGGCCGUCCCAAACGCUUACCCCCCACCCUCCCCCAGGAGUCCCAGCCCCCGACCCUCGCCCCCGAGGAGCAAGGGGGCGCUGGCUUCGGGGCGGGGGAGGGGCUGCAGGGGGACAGGCACUUCCGGAAGAAGGGCAACGGGCAGCUGAUGAUGAGGACCAUCAUUCACAAGAUCAACAAGAUGAAGACCAAGAAGCGCAAGAGGCUCCUGAACCAGAUCCUGCUGGGCCCCGGGGCCGGCGGCGGGGCCCGCGGGGAGGCGGAGUCCUCUCGGGGCCCGGGCGCCGGCGUGAUGGUCGCGGCCGCCACGCAGUCCCUGUCCUCCCUGGCGGCCUCAUUCGGGGGCAAGCUGGGCCCCCAGAUCAACGUCAGCAAGAAAGGGACCAUUUACAUGGGCAAGCGGAGGGGGCGCAAGCCCAAAGCUCCGACCAACGCCUCGGCCAGCGCCCCCGCGGCCCCCCCCGAGCCCUUCCUCUCCCCGGCCUCCGCCUCGCCCCUGCACCACCACCACCACCCCGCCCAGGCCCUGCAUUCCCAGCAGCAGCAGGGCCUGUCCUCGGUGGAGGUGUUCCCCUCCCCGACGCUGUCCCAGUCCAGCAGGGCGCAGAGCCCCGCCAGCGAUGGCGGCUUCGUGGAGCCGGGGACCGUGCACUUCACGCCCCACCCCCACUGCAGCCACGCCCACCACCACGCCCACCACUCCUUCCCCCUGCCCCCGCCCUCCUCCCCGGCCCUCUCCCCCCGCCCCCUCGCUCCCCUGGGCGCGUCCUCCUCCUCCUCCUCCUCCGUGGCCCCCCUGCUGAGGAAGUCGUCGUGCCGCGGGCAUCACCACCACCACUACCGCCAUCAGUACCAUUACCGCAAGCUGUCCCCGCCCCCGCCGCUGCUGCCCACCUCGCCCGCGCACCUGAGCGAGCUGAAGGAGGCCACGCCCUCGCCCGUCAGCGAGUCGCACAGCGAGGAGACGGUGCCCAGCGACAGCGGCAUCGGCACGGACAACAACAGCACCUCCGACCGGGGCGAGAAGGGCGGGGGCGGCGCCGGCCUGGCCCAGGGACUGCCCGUGGGCGCGGUGAUGCCCGGGGUCGUGGGGUCGGUCGCGGGGGUCGGGGUCGGGGUGGGGGUCAGUCCCCGGGGGCGACGGAGGCACUCCUCCUCGGCGUUGCUGGAACACCCGUCCCCCUCCCCCUCGCCCCUGGGGCUGGGGGCGUCGCCCGACCCCUGCAGGAGCCACGCGGCGGCCCCGCCCUCGGCGCUGGUGGGCCACAAGGAGAAGCACAAGCACAAGUGCAAGCGGCGCGGGCACGGCUGCCCCGGCUACGACAAGCUGAAGCGGCAGAAGCGCAAGCGCAAGAAGAAGUACCUGCAGCUGCGCGCCCGCCGCCAGGACCCCGACUUCCUGGCCGAGCUGGAGGAGCUGGUGGUCCGGCUGGGCCAGGUUCGGAUAGCCCACCGCAGCUCGGGCGCGGGGAUGGGCGGCGGCUUGGGGCUGGGGGGCUCCGGAGGCGGCGGCGUGGGCGGGGGCGCGGGCAUGGGCGGGGCCGGCGGAGGCGGCGGCGGCGGCAUGGGGAGCGGCGGUCAUCCUCCGCCUCACCACUACCUGCACAGGGACCUGCUUCCCACCAUCUUCAGGAUCAACUUCAGCGGGUACUACUCGCCGCACCCCGCCUACCCCUGCGACUCGCUGCACUACGUGCGCAAGCCCGACCUGAAGAAGAAGCGCGGCCGGCCGCCCAAGCUGCGCCAGGCCAUGGCCGAGGUGCCCUUCGUCCAUGGGCUGGGCUUCCCGCUGUCCGGGGCCGGCUUCUACCACCCCUCCUACAGCGUGCCCUACUCCUCCGCCCCCCUGGGGCUCAGCUACUACAGGGGGUACCCCCCGGCGGCGGCCCUCUACCCCCACCCGCACCACCCUCAGCCCCACCCCCCUCCGCCGCACCCGCACCACUCCCCGUCCUUCCCCCCGCCCCCUCCGCCCUCCUACGUGCACCACCACCCUCCCCACCUCCUGCUCAACCCCGCCAAGUUCCACAAGAAGAAGCACAAGCUUCUGAGGCAGGAGUUUUUGGGAGGGGGCCGGUCCCCCGUGCUGUACCCCGCGAUGCCCCCCGAGCUGUCCUACGGCUGGCUCCACGAGCACAAGCACAAACACAGACACAAGCACCGCGAGCGGCGGGACGAGGAGGGCGGGGCCGAGGCGGGGGGCGGAGCCCCCGGGGCCAGGCUGUCCGGGAGCAGAGGGAUGGGCGGAGCCGCCGGGGGGAUGAUGGACUCUCUUCGCCGCUACCGGUACGGAAAGGACCCCGCGGCUGCCGCCAACGCCUCCAAUCCAGCGUCCGCCCCCGCGGCCAACUCCCCUUCCUCAUCCUCCUCGUCCUCAGCCGAGAGGUACAAACAUAAGGACACGCCCCUCUCCUGCCUGGGGCCCUCGUAUCUGUCGUUGGCGGGGGGGCCCAGGGGCCAUUCGCACCUGGAGCCCUGGCUGAGGAGGGGGAGCCCCGAAACGGACUACGCCAACCUGUCCCAGAGCUCCAACCCCCACCAGGACUCUUUCACGGGGGGGCGAGUGGCGGACCCCGCGGGAGGUUCGGACAGCGAGGAAGAGGAGCCGGACACGCCCCCACCCGUGUCUGCGCACCCGCACGCCCCCGCGCACCACACCAACCUGUUCGCCAGCGCCCUGAGCCGAGCUGUCCCCGCGGCGGGGCGGGGCCGGAGGGGCGGGGGCACAGCCAGCGCCAGGAGCUUCGCGGGACUGAGGAGCGAUCGGCCAUCAUCAGCAGAGAGGAGAGACACCGGAAUGACGGUGGGCGUCCAGACACGUGGCUCGCGCUCUAUCGCCCCCGAGUGUUCGGAGGGGGGACUGCAGCACCAGCACUCUCAGCAGGCCUCCCAGCUGGGGCAGCAGCACCUGCACUCGCACCCGCACGCGCGCUACGCGGCCCGGCACCCGCACCCGCACCCGCACUGCAGCCACGACGCGCCGGGGGGAGGGGGCCAGGGCCCCGGGAGGCCCCACAGCCGGGAGAGGCAGGCCAGCCCCUCCGCCCGUCCCCCCCAGGCCUGCUGCCCGGACGGCCCCGCCCAGCCCCCCCCGCAGCACUCCCGCGCGCGCUCAGCCGGGGGGGUGCUCUCCACCAAGCGCAGCCUGGACCACGUCAACAAGAUCCUCAAAGCCAAGAAGCUGCAGAGGCAGGCGCGCACCGGCAACAACGUGGUGAAGAGGAGGGGCCCCGGACGGCCCCGCAAGUACCCCCUGCCCUCCCCUCCCCCCUCGCCCCCGCCCCCGCAGGCGCCCCCCCCUCAGCACAGGGACCGGGCUGGAGGAGGAGGAGGAGGGGCGGGCGACACCGUGUCGGACGUCAUCGAGGCGGUGGUGCAGGGCCAGCUCAGGGGCGGGCGGGGCCAGAAGAGGAAGCGCUGGGCCCGGGACCGGGACGGGGAGGAGCCCGAGGAGGAAGAGGAGGAGCAGGAGGAAGAGGAGGAGAGGCCGGGGGCGGCGGGGUCCAGGGGAGUGGACAGGAGAGGCUGGCUCACUCAGGAGGAGCUGCACUGCUUCCGCAGAGCUCUGGAGGGCAAGCCUGAAGGGCCCUCCUCCCAGGAACAUUUGGGUCCAUCGGCAAUGGAGCAUGCUCCGCCCCUGGCCUUGGCCAGCCAAUGGGAAAAGAGAUCUGCCAGGCCGCCCAAGAAGAAGUUCCAGAGGGCUGGGCUCUACUCUGAUGUCUACAAGACCGCAGAUCCUCGCAGCCAGCUCCUGCAGCUGAAGAAAGAGAGGCUGGAGUACACGCCCGGGGAGCACGAGUACGGCCUGUUUCCAGCGCCUAUCCACGUCGGGAAGUAUCUGAGACAGAAGCGGAUUGAUUUCCAGCUCCCCUAUGACAUCCUGUGGCAGUGGAAGCACAAUCAGCUCUAUAAGAAGCCUGAUGUCCCGCUCUACAAGAAAAUCAGAUCCAAUGUGUAUGUGGAUGUGAAGCCUCUCUCUGGGUAUGAGGCCACCACCUGUAACUGCAAGGCACCAGAGGAACGCGCUGACAAGGGCUGCAUCGAUGACUGCCUCAACAGGAUGAUCUUCGCGGAGUGCUCUCCCAACACCUGCCCGUGCGGGGAGAAGUGCGACAACCAGCACAUCCAGCGGCACGAGUGGGUGCAGUGCCUGGAGCGCUUCCGCGCCGAGGGCAAGGGCUGGGGCAUCCGCACCAAGGAGCCGCUACGCUCCGGCCAGUUCAUCAUCGAGUACCUGGGGGAGGUGGUGAGCGAGCAGGAGUUCAGGAACCGCAUGAUCGAGCAGUACCACACACACAACGACCACUACUGCCUGAACCUGGACAGCGGCAUGGUGAUCGACAGCUACCGCAUGGGCAACGAGGCGCGCUUCAUCAACCACAGCUGCGACCCCAACUGCGAGAUGCAGAAGUGGUCGGUGAACGGGGUGUACCGGAUCGGCCUGUUCGCCCUGAAGGACAUGGACAGCGGCACGGAGCUCACCUACGACUACAACUUCCACUCCUUCAACACAGAGAAGCAGCAAGUGUGUAAGUGCGGCUCGGAGAGCUGCCGGGGGAUCAUCGGGGGGAAGAGCCAGCGGGUCAACGGGCUGCCUGGGAAGGGGGGCGGAGCCGGGGGCGGGGCUCGCCGGCCGGGCAGACUCAAAGAGAAGCGCAAGUCCAAGCACCAGCUGAAGAAACGGGAGGAAGAGUCGAGUGACAGCGGGAAGUUCUGCCCCCACCUGCACAUGAAGCCCAUGUCUAACAGAGAGAGGAACUUUGUGCUGAAGCACAGCGUCUUCCUGGUGAGGAACUGGGAGAAGAUGAGGGAGAAGCAGGAGCAGCUGAAGAGGGAUGGAGAGAGGGAGCGAGAGAGAGAGCGGGAGAGGGAGGGCAGCAGCCUCUCUCUCUACAGCCGCUGGGGCGGAGUCAUCCGAGACGACGGAAACAUCAAAUCAGACGUGUUCCUGACGCAGUUCUCAGCGCUGCAGACGUCGCGCUCGGUGCGCACGCGCAGACUGGCCGCCGCCGAGGAGAACAUGGAGGUCACGCGCACCGCCCGCCUCGCCCACAUCUUCAAGGAGAUCUGCGACAUGAUCAUCAGCUACAAAGACUCAGCCAGUCAGACCCUCGCUGCCCCCCUCCUCACUCUGCCCUCCAGGAAGCGGAACACGCAGUACUAUGAGAAGGUGUCCGACCCGCUGGACCUGAGCACCAUCGAGAAGCAGAUCCUGACCGGGCACUACAAGACCGUGGAGGCCUUCGACACCGACAUGCUCAAAGUGUUCCGCAACGCGGAGAAGUACUACGGGCGCAAGUCGCCGGUGGGGCGGGACGUGUGCCGCCUGCGCAAGGCGUACUACGGGGCGCGGCACGAGGCCGCCGUGCAGAUCGACGAGAUCAUGGGCGAGACGGCCAGCGAGGCCGACAGCUCCGACUCGCUGGAGCGCGACCACGCCCAGCAGCACCCGCACCACGACAAGGACGACGACGUCAUCCGCUGCAUCUGCGGCAUGUACAAGGACGAGGGCCUGAUGAUCCAGUGCGAGAAGUGCAUGGUGUGGCAGCACUGUGACUGCAUGCGGCUGAAGGCUGAUGUGGAGCACUACCUGUGUGAGCAGUGUGACCCGCGGCCGGUGGACAGGGAGGUCCCCAUGCUGCCCCAGCCCAGCUACGCCUCGUCCGGCUCCAUCUACUACAUCUGCCUGCUGCGGGACGACCUGCUGCUGCACCAGGGAGACUGCGUGUACCUGAUGAGGGACAGCCGGCGGACCCCAGACGGGCAGCCGGUCAGGCAGUCGUACCGCCUCCUGUCCCACGUCAACCGAGACAAACUGGACAUCUUCCGCAUCGAGAAGCUCUGGAAGAGCGACAAGGGUGAGCGCUUUGCUUUCGGGCACCACUACUUCCGGCCCCACGAGACCCACCAUUCCCCCUCGCGGAGGUUCUACCACAACGAGCUGUUCCGCGUGCCGCUCUACGAGAUCAUCCCGCUGGAGGCCGUGGUGGGAAUGUGCUGCGUCCUCGACCUCUACACCUACUGCAAGGGCCGGCCCAAGGGUGUGAAGGAGCAGGACGUGUACAUCUGCGACUACCGCCUGGACAAGUCCGCGCACCUCUUCUACAAGAUCCAUCGCAACCGCUACCCCGUCUGCACCAAGCCCUUCGCCUUCAACCACUUCCCCAAGAGGCUGGCCCCCAAGAGGGACUUCUCUCCUCACUACGUCCCGGACAACUACAAGAGGAACGGGGGGCGCUCCUCCUGGAAGAGCGAGCGGCCCAAGCUGGUGUGCAAGGACGGGCUGGGCGGGGGGGCGUGCGAGGACGACUCCUCCCCCGGCGACCCCCGCCUGUGCGACGGGGCGGGGGCGUCCCAGCUGGACAGCGAGGAGGGGGGCGGGGAGGCGGACAUGGACAUCGUCCCGGGAGAGCCCCCGCCCCUCCUGCCCCAGCCUCCCGUCCCGCCACAGACCCCCACGGACCGGGGGGCCGAGGACGAGGAGGAGGGCGAGCCGGAGCGGGCCGAGGGCCUGGAGGUCCCCUCCUCCUCCUCCUCUUCCUCCUCCUCUCAUCACUCGGAGGUGGGGAGGAGGGAGGCGCAGCGGGACAGGCUGAACAAGAUCCUCCUCAACCUGCUGCAGCAAACUCCCAGCAAGAACGUCAUCGAUGUGACGUACCUGUUGGAGGAGGGAUCUGGGCGGCGACUGCGCAGACGGACGCUGGGAUUGGGUGACUUUGUUGGCAGGAAGUGAUGUCACCAGCCUCACCUCGUAAUCCACUCGUCCUUCGCCCUCCUUCUCGAGGGGUGCCAGAGAGGCGGAGAAACGAAGUAAGAGAACAUAUGCAAGAGACAGAGGGAGCGAGAGAGAGAGAGAGAGAGAGAAAGAGAGAGAGACAGCGUGGGGCACGCCCUUCUCUCCUCCUCUCCACGCAUCUUUCCUUCCCUCCCGUCUCUUUCUCUGAAGGAGACCAGUGACAGACAGAGGGACAGUGCGCAUGGUGAGCGGACAGACAGACAGACACACACACACACAGUGCGUGAAUAGUGGAGGAGGAGGCCGUGUGUCAUUAAAGAAAAAAACAUUUGAGACGAACGUGUCCCCCUGCUGGAACGAGCAACACUACACACGCUGAAGUGGACACACUAAAAGAGGGCGGGAAUCGGAACUCGGGAGCGAGAGGACGACCUGCCUGAGGACGGCGCGACACACCCUGGACGGACAGACGGACAGACGUUUGAUUGACAGUGUGGGAGAGACGCUGGUAUCGGGCGCGCUCUGUUGAGAAAAAAGAGAAUGAACUUUGGUAGCCUUUCGUGCUUUACUGUUAUACAUGUCAUUUGUGUUUCCUGAAAUAUAGUAAAGCUUGAGAAGAGACACACACACACACACUUAUAUACAUAAACACACAUACACAUACUUGUACAUACUUAUACAUACACAUAAUUACAUACUUAAAAGUACAUACUUGCACAUACUUACACAGAUACACACAUACACAGAAAACUAGAAGGGAAGGCAGUUUUUUGGUUCGUUGAUGCAGCGGUUGUUUUAUUUGCCGUUCGGUCAGCCUAAGCUCAGAACGGUGGCACAGAGUAGCUCUUCGGAGGCCUGAGCCGGAGCGUGCUCUGCUGAGCUCCCCCACCUGGAGACAGUCGGAACUGCAGCUCCGCUUCCUUAAAAGGGGUGAUGGAGGGAGGGAGGGUGGGGGGAACGGUUACGCUCUGGGACUCCAGUGUGGGGGCCUCUCGUGAACAGGCAGAACACGGGACGCGUGCUUCUGCCGGGUCGCUAACCCGUUAACGCCAUUGUGAGAAAUGGUGAAAUGCACUUCGUCUGUCUCUCUCAUCACGACACAGUGUGAGUGGACGGGGAGGGAAGGAGGCGGUGGGGGCGUUUUUUGAGGUCUGGUUCAGAUUGUCGUUCGUUUGUGAGUCUCGUCGCCCCGACAGGAAUGUUUCAGAAAACUGUGAUGAGAUUUUAAACGGAUGUGUCCCCGGACGGGACACGGCGACGGGCUGACUGAGCGGAGCCGUCCCGCGGAGAUGGGCCCACAGACUGAGAAACUGACAAAAUGAAGAGAAGGAGCAGUAAAGUGCCAAGCUGUACAUAGACUGGAAUGAAGUGAGCUUAGUCUCGAAAAGCAAUAUCUCAAAUAUGGAAUUUGUUUCUAUUGUAUUGUACAGGACCCCACCUAUGGAGCCCUACAUGUAUUAAAAACUAUUAUUAUUAUUAUUAUUAUUAUUAUUUCUUCCCUUAUUAUCGUCGUGUUUUAAGCUGGGAAAGCGCGUUUUUAUGAAAUGCAACAAGCACUAUUAGCAGUGAUUGAGGUGCGGGAAUUGAAAUCGCGUUGCAUAUCUAUGAAUUGUAUCGAGAUGAGGAGGCACAGGACAGCUCAGCGACACAGACAAAGCAGAUAUUGUAAUUAUUACUAAUUAUUAGCAGGACAGAAAAAACGGUUCUCUAUUUUGCUGCAAAGUGUUGAACACUAAAAAAACAGACCAACGUAAAAAUUUAAUAUUUUCAAAGGUGACAGAAAAACGAAAUAAAAUCCUGUCAACUUAAUAUAGUUCCUGGUAAAGAUUGUUUUUUGUUUCAUGUGUUCUUUUUAAAAAAAAAAAAAAACAGAAUCCAGUUUUGUGAAAACGGUUAUAAACGCGGCUCUUGUAUUUUUUUGUGUGUGUGAGUGUGUGUUUUGUGAUUCUUCUUUUUUUUUUUUUCAUUUAAACAUUUUUUUGUUUUGAUUUUAAAAAUGUUUUUGUUUUUUUUUUUUUGUUAGACAAUCGCAAAAUGUUGGCUAUUGUAAAUGGACUUCCGGGCAGACAUUGAGUUGUGGUUGUUCUGUUUGUCCAAUUCUCUUCCUCUCCGGUUCAACGUUUGUAAUUAUGAUUCUAAAGUCACAACGAUGCUGUUUUGUUUUUAAUUUUGUUUUAUAUGUUUAUUAGUUUUUAUUUUAUUUUAUAAAAAGCACUACAUUAUUGCAAAUAGAUGAUGAUUAUCAUGAUUAUUAUCAUUGCAAAUAUGAUUAUGGUUAUUAGGAUUAUUUAUCUAGUUUGCAUGAAAGCAAUGUGUCUGAGUUUUUGCUACACAAAUGCUGCUAAUAAUUUACUUUUAGGAAAAAUAAAAACAAAAAAAAAAUAAUUUAUCGCCCAAAAAAUGUGGUUUUGAAUUUUGAUCUUUGUAAAAAAUGAAUAAAAUACUGAUUUAAAAACAAGAGUUACUCCAGAUUUUACAUUUGAUGUAAUGUGUAACAUUGCUUAUCAUUUUCCUUACUAAUAUUAUUAUAGAACUGAAACAUCAGUAAAUGCAUAAUUCUACUUCUCUCUAUGGAAACCGUGUAAAAUAUUAAACAGAUUUUUUUCAAAGAAA